AUGAGUAAGUAUUCGAGUGAUUCAAACUCGCGUGACAGAACUAGAAGUUAUAGUCGUUAUUAUAACCAAAGGCACAGGUCUUCAAGUUCUUCAUCAACAGAUAGUUCAAGAUAUUCCAGAAAAAAUCAUUCAAGUAGAUCUGGAUCAAGGCACCAUAAGAAAUCAACGCGUAGACAUAGAUCCAACAGCUCAUCAGAAUAUUCAUCGUCAAGACACAAACAUUCUAGUCGUUCUUACCGCAAAGAUGAAAGUCGUUCGAAAAGAAAACAUCAUAGAAAAAGUUCAUCCACUAGUUAUGAUUCAAAUAACUCCAAUUCUUCCAUUAAAAAUCACCAAUCUAAAAGUUCUAAAACAUUCAAUGAUAACGAAAGAAAUAAAAGGGUACAAUCUAAUUCAUUGUCUACCUUCCAAGAUGAUUCGUUGGUUGUAAAAUCUGAAACUGUUAACAAAAAAGAUCAUGAUGUAAACUGGCUUCAAAACAAUGUUUUGGAUAUUGUGAAAAGAGAAAAUUCAAUUGAACAGAUCAAUCAAGAAGGAUUUGUGUUUAAAGUCUUCAAUUCAUCAUCUGAACCAAAAUGUGAGGAAACUACAGACCAAACCAAGUAUGAUGUUCCAAAUAUAAAUGAAGAAAUCAUUGAUAAUUUGCCUACAGAGGAAUCAACGUUUUUCAUAUGCAAUAAAGAUCGAUUAUUGAAUGCAAGGUACAAAUUACUUACAAAGCAAGAGCGGUGCAUAAGCUGGGCAAAACAAUUAUUUGCAUCAUAUAAUCAGUCUGAGCAUAACGGUGGAUAA